UCCUGCUUUGCGCCAGUUAAAGGGAAAGCCAGCGAAAGGGACACAGGGAGACGGCGGCUGCUUCCCCAUCCCAGGCAGAAGCAGAGUAGCGGCUCGCGGGGAGCCCGGAGAACCACUCACCAGGACUGAAGGGGAUAAAAAGAAGUUAAGGGACAUUCAGGAGGAGCAAAUCGAUUUUUAACAGGAUCACGUCUGAAUUAAAUGGCUGAUAAACAGAUCAGUUUACCUGCCAAGCUGAUCAAUGGAGGGAUAGCUGGGCUGAUUGGAGUCACCUGUGUAUUUCCCAUUGACUUGGCGAAAACUCGCCUGCAGAACCAGCAAAAUGGCCAGCGGAUGUACACCAGCAUGUCUGACUGCCUCAUUAAGACAAUCCGCUCGGAAGGUUACUUCGGCAUGUACAGAGGGGCUGCGGUGAACCUGACUCUAGUGACACCAGAAAAGGCCAUCAAGCUAGCAGCCAAUGACUUCUUCCGGUAUCAUCUCUCCAAAGAUGGGAAGAAGCUGACGCUGCUGAAGGAGAUGCUGGCCGGCUGCGGGGCGGGCACCUGCCAGGUGAUUGUCACCACUCCCAUGGAGAUGCUCAAAAUCCAGCUGCAGGAUGCAGGCCGAAUUGAGGCCCAGAAGAAGCUAAUGGCAGCACAAGCCCAGCUCUCCUCCACCACUAGUGCUGGGGCAGCGGAGUCGGUAGUGGAGACACGGACCACGGCGACGCAAAUCACCAGGGAACUACUUCGGAGCAAAGGCAUCGCGGGGCUUUACAAGGGCCUUGGGGCCACGCUGCUAAGAGACGUCCCGUUUUCCAUCGUUUACUUCCCGUUGUUUGCGAACCUGAACAAGCUGGGCCAGAAGAGCCCUGACGUCAAAGCCCCAUUCUACGUGUCCUUCCUGUCCGGGUGCCUGGCGGGCAGCACAGCAGCAGUGGCUGUGAAUCCGUGUGAUGUAAUCAAGACAAGGCUGCAGUCCUUGAAAAGGGGAGUGAAUGAGGACACAUACUCAGGAAUCCUAGACUGCACCAGGAAAAUCUGGCAGAAGGAAGGGCCCCUGGCCUUCCUGAAGGGGGCGUACUGCAGAGCCUUGGUCAUUGCCCCACUCUUCGGCAUCGCACAAGUCGUCUAUUUCAUAGGCAUCGCAGAAUUCUUCCUAGACAUGCUUCCGAAGCGCCGGGAUUAACCCUCGUGCGCACUCGCUGCUGGUCAGAAUUCAUCCAGCAUUCGUCGUUGAUGGUGUCCGAGCAACAGCACAAAGGGUUAAAGCAGCAAUCUUGAGGGUGAAGGUCGUCUCCAAACAAAGUCCCUUCUACCUCUCGAUAUGCCCCCACCCCAUCCAGCCCUCCAGGACAAUACUUAAUUAUGCAUAUCUAUUAUUUUUAAUUGUCAUUCUUAAAGACACUGGUUAGCACAGACUGGGCUCACAGUCCCCGGACCUUCUCCCAGCAGUGUGUGUGGGGGGGAAGAAAUCGACCACACCCUCUGAAUUACCAGGUAGUCAAAAAAGGAGCAAAAGAACCAGACUUUGUUCCCCCAGUCCCUCUUCUGGUGUGCCAGGCUUCUGGGAAGACAAGGCCCCAGCACACCUUCUAAAGGGGGACCCAUAUUGUCAAUAGAGGAAGCAGGUAGAUGCCAGAAUCAAAAAGUUUCUUUAUAAGGACUUGUCCUGAAACCCCCUUAAAAUCAGCUGGACUUGGAUGAACUUCUUGGAGAUCAGAGGAAGGGGAAGGUUGUUUUUUUUUUU